AUGUUCGUUGCCACCGCUUGUGCCGUCUAUCGAGCUCAUCGAGAAGGAGACGAUGCUGAGUUCGCGAUCAAAGUGGCCAUAUGGCCCGUGAAUGAAGAAACAGGAAAGAUGCUCAUGUAUCGAAGUGCUAAAGAUUAUCAGAGAGAAUUGCACAUGCUCUACGCUUUGAAACAUGAAAAUCCGCACAUUGUCAACGUCGAAGGAUGGGGCCUGACGAUUAAGCACAACGGCUAUGGACAGGAAGUCGUAUUUGCAUAUAUCUUAACGGAACUUGCCGUACACGAUGUGAAGAAAGAAAUGGACAUGCUGGCACAAGAAAAAGCCGUUAGCAAUGCCAAUGCUCUUGUUGCCGGCCGUAGUUAUACCCAUGGCAAAGAUCGUCGCAAAAUGUGGCGUGCAUUGUUGUCAUGUGUCGAAGCUUUGCACGUGCGGGAACGACCCAUCGUCAAUACGGAUAUAAAGCCGGGCAAUUUUCUCGUCUUUCCCAAAGAUCGAGAACGAUAUUUGAAGAAAAAGAAAGAGUUGGAACCAAACAAUAAGCUGGUCAAAAUAAGUGAUCUCGGUGCGGGUUUUCUCAUCGAUGAAGGGGGUGAAUACACAGGUUAUGGAACGGAAGGCUACAGCGCAGCAUAUUGGAACAAAAAAUCAGUUUUAAGUUGUGCUGUUUUGGACUUUUUACAGACAAGAUUGUCUCGUGUCGAAUUAUUAGAUGAAAUGUUAUUAUUUAUUAAUGCUAGUCGUGCAACAUCUUCUCCUGUGUCUUGGUUUAUUUACUACAUGAACGUUCAUCCUCAAAUUCAGGCUAUAAUGAGGCAGGAAUUAAAUGAUCAUCAUAUAACACGCGAAACAUGUCUGGCAAUGGAUCUAUUAGAUGAACUUGUUUAUAUUGAAUAUGUUAUGCGAGAACUGCUGAGAUUUGCUACAAUACUUCAUGGUAUAUUGAGAACACUGCAACAAAACGAUGAAAUUGAUGGUGUUAAAUUGAAUAAAGGUGAUGCGUUGUUAUACCAGUACCAAAUAUAA